UCAUUCAUAAAAAUUGAAGACUGAAAUAUUAAAAGGCGGAAGCACACAAACCAACCCGGCCGAUACAGUGUUAUUUGGUCCUUUUCUUUUCCAAAUCAGCUUUCAUCCAACAUUAUACUUACCGCCGCCGUUUUCUUUGACGUGUGGAUAAAUUAGAACCAUCUCAGACCAUCCUCACUCAGGACCUCACCGACGAGCUCGUCAUCGUCGAAAACAAACCCGAUAAACUCCGCGGCGAGAUGGUCGACCUUCAGGGCGCCACUGCCUUUCUCCCCCGCGUUAAGAUCAACUCAUCCAUUGAAUACUCCGUUCCGGAUCCGAUCUUUGUAUUGUUACCGCCGGCGCACGACAGAAUGCCGGUGAGUCAAGGCUGAACCUCCCUCAGAGGAACCUCGCUCUAUUCAAGGAAAUCAUACCUGCUCUGGCUCGUUACUCGCCGCAUACUCAUCGUGUCUAACCGUGUCGGUGUUCUCACCUACAUCGCAUGGAAGCUCUCCAGGUUCCCAUCCAAUCGGAUUAUCGGGUUGCGUACUGUUCAGAUUCUUGCCAACGUCAAGAGGAAGGUUAUGAGCUCUUGCAAAUGAUACUUGAUAGUGGAAAGAAUUCAAUCUUACAAGACAGGUUCAUUGUAGAUAACUGCAGAACUCUAUUCUUUGCUGGACAUGAAACUACUGCAAAUACAGCGUCGUGGUGCCAUUCACCGGCUUAUGGUUUGGUUAUUGAACCUGAUCAGGGAGUUGUUCUUAAUAUGGCUAGAAUUUAAACAAUAAUGUAACUAAAUGAGAUAUAAACUACUUCUGGUUUUUUUUUUCUAUUAAAAAAAUCAAUCAUGUUAAUUAUGAACAGAGUUAGAGGCUGCCUUAUUCCAAUAUUGUUGUGAGUUGGAGAACCAAUUUGGAUUUUCAUUCUUUUUUGCUUUCUCAAAUUUAAGAUGUUUCCAUCAUAUUGAAUUGUGUAGCAGAUUCCUUAA